AAUAUACGAAAUUAUGCGAUGGAAGCACACAGAUGAGAACGGGUGAACGCCGGUCUCUUGAGUAACGGCCGGCCCGGCACACAAAACACCGACACGGAGACCGAGACGGACACGGACACGGAUACGGACGGAUACGGCACGCCGCGGACAGCCACUCAUCGGAUUUGUAAACAUUUUGCAUUUUUUCGUCGAUCGCUUUAUUUUGCUUAAGUUUAGUGUUUGGUCAUUCUCAACGGGCGACGCACUGCCGCCGGAGUACAAAGAAAAGCGCAUUUUCCCGGGAAACGCGUGAUCUGCCUGGAACCCCUCUCUCGCACGAGUUUUUUAAAUAAUACAAGUGACAUAAGUAGUCGGAGAUCCCAAUAUGCCCGCCCUACGCGUCUGCUUGCAAUGGACAUCCAUUGUUUUCAAUACAAUCACAUUGGUAAGAUUUAUUUUAGUGGUGCCCCCACGGCGUAUGCGUAAUAUCAGCCAUAAAAUUUCCACAAGCGUCAUACGGAGAGUCAAAGGUCGAUUUGUGAAGAUAACUUUGAAAAACAAAUCUGUUGCAGUUGCACAUCUUGAGUCAUGGUGCUUAUGACUAAUGGGCACACACUUGUCCAUGGAAAUCUCAUCUGAAAAUUAUGUCUCUGCCAGCCUGUCACAGCAAGAUCAUUAAAUGUCUUACAUUUUUUGUGGCAUUUUUCAUUGUCGAAUGUAAUUAUUUUUCCUCGGGGCUGGUGUCGUUGAUAUAGCCGGUUAGAUGGCCAAUUUGGCAGAAAACAAAUCCCAUUCAAAGAUUCCAUUUCUCCCAGACAAGAUGUCACUUGGGUCUCGUUAUUCCGCGUAGUGUUCCCGAUGGCGGUGGCGAAUUUUUUGCGACAGCCACAAGAAAAGAAACUGUGUAUGUGCCGUUUAAAAAUAAAGCCCAAAGCCGUUGGCGUCGGGGCCGCCCUCGCCGGAUUCUACGAAUGGGAGAAAUUUGACGAGGGCUCCACCGAGCACCUGGAGAAGUUCAUCCAGCUGGGCAUGGCCGGCGCCCUGAUCCUGGCCGCACUUAUUGGCUGCAUGGGCGCCUUCCUCGGCUCCAUCAAGGUCAUGGUGGUGCACCUGGUAGUGCUCGUCGCCCUGAUUGCCUCGCACAUCUGGAAGCUGUCUCACUACAACGAAUCCAAGCAGCUGGACGCCACCGAGGUGUUUGUGAUGGACCUGUGGAUGAAGGAGCUGGUCCACCAUGGAGCCAUGCAGCACCUGCAGCAGGAGUACGAGUGUUGUGGCGAUAAGGGCUUCGCCGAUUACACGAGUCUGAACAUGAAGGUGCCUCGCAGCUGCUUCCACACCAAGGACGGCAUUCACGCCUUCCAUCCCUACGCCGAAGGAUGCAUGGCAGCCGUAAAGCGGGCCUAUCUGCAGAUUUAUCGAUACGAGAAGUGGGUGCACUGCGGACUCAUUGGAUACGAGGUUGUGGGCAUCAUCUUGGGCAUUACUCUGUGCUGCCAGCUCACUAGUAAGACUCGCCGCUAUACCUACUAAGUUUCACACAUGCAUUUGCCACUUGGUUGCUCAAUAAACAAUCGCCUUGAUACAAUCUAA